CGUCGAAAGGAACUAGAAUCUUUCAAACUGGCUUCUCUACGAGCAUUUCGACCUUCAAUUCUCUCUCAUACCGGUACAAGGCCACGAAUCAUUAUUUCAAGGGGUUUAGGUUUAUAUCAGACGGCAACUCGAUCAGUCAUGAGCAUCCCACCUGAGAAGAGGGAAUGGCUGUGCCUAAUCCCCGAUAAGCCGGGAAAGCAGGAGAAGAGGCUUGAAAUCCGAGCGACUCACCUCGGUAACCUCAAACCGCUUAUUGAGGCUAAAAAGGUCGUUACCGGUGGACCAAUGUUCCACGCCCACAAUGAUGGCGACCCGAAAUUCAAGGGAAGCGUAAUGGUCUUCCGGGCGGAGACUGAAGCAGAAGUGCGUGAGAUUCUUAAUAACGAUGUUUACAAUAAGGGGGAUGUGUGGGAUUUGGAGAAGGUGCAGAUUAUUCCUGUUGCUAUUCUCAUCAAGGAACAACCAUGAAAUGAAGAAAUAUAGAGUAUUGUGUGCAGCGCCUACUUGGUCCUCGACGAAGGGCAAGAUGUAAACUCACACGUCGCUGUAUUACAUGUUAACACUGAAACAAGAUCUAUAGUAUUCUAUACAAAAGCCAGACCACAUCAUAUACUAUAUCAUGCUCACGCUACAAUGCCAAACGUACUCUUCACAGAAAGCCACUUUUCAUAAGCCAACAACUUCAAUUCAACGCGCACGUAUGCCGUAAAAGCAGAUAGAAAGCGGAACAGAUUGCUUGGUCGUAAGAGACUGCCGUUCUGAGACACGAAUUCCAUUUGUUCUUCGAAUACGGUUCUAGUGGCGUAUCGGGCGAGGAUGAGGAAUGUGCGCACUGGACCUUGACGGGUGUGUA